CCUGUUGUUCAUUUCUCUCCUUUCCCUCGAACCAGUGAUGGGGCAGGUCAGCUACUCGAUACCAGAGGAGAUGUCGAGAGGAUCUUUAGUGGGAAACAUCGCCAAAGAUUUAGGAUUAGAAAUCAGACGGUUAGUGGCAGGAAAAGCCAAGAUUUAUACCAGGAGCAGCGACAGAUACGUCGAGCUGAACCGAGAGAAAGGAGUCCUCCUCGUCAAAGAGAGAAUCGACAGAGAGGCGCUGUGUUCAAAGACGGAGCUUUGUGCGCUCGAAUUUCAGAUCAUUCUCGAGAAUCCCAUGGAAUUUUAUAGUGUUACAGUGCAGAUUACAGACAUUAAUGAUCAUGCUCCGAUAUUUGAAAAAGAAGAAAUACAAUUUAAAAUUAGUGAAUCCGCAGCUCUCGGGGCAAAAUUUGUUCUCUCAAAGGCAGUGGAUCUGGACGUAGGAAUUAAUGGCAUAAAAACAUACGAGCUGACACCUACUGAUAACUUUGCCCUGAAAUUAAAUAAAAACACUGAUGCCAAUAAAAACGUGGAGAUGGUAUUGCAGAAGCCUUUAGACAGGGAGAAGCAGGAGCAGAUCUCUCUGGUGCUGACAGCUGUAGAUGGAGGAGAGCCGCAGAUGACAGGGACGAUGAUGAUCCAGAUCACUGUUCUGGAUCAUAAUGAUAACGCUCCUGUUUUCACACAACACGUUUACAAAGUUUCCGCUUCAGAAAACUCUCCUAAAGGAACAGUUGUGGCUAUUGUCACUGCCUCAGAUGCUGACAUUGACUUAAAUGCUAAGUUGGCAUAUUCAAUAACGAACACAAUGGACGAUGUUCGCAAAAUAUUUGAGGUUAACAAAAGCAGUGGGGAAAUUCAUCUAAUAGGUGAGAUUGACUUUGAACAUUCACAAAGGUUUGAAGUAGAUAUACUUGCAAGUGACGACGGAGGACUGACAGAUUCUUGUAAAUUAAUAAUCGAGGUUCAGGAUGUCAAUGACAACAAACCUGAAAUAAACAUCAUGUCAAAGUCAAACGUGAUAUCAGAGGAUGCAAAACUCAGCACAGUCGUGACCAUGAUUAACAUUGAGGAUCUAGAUUCUGGUGAAAAUGGACAAGUGAACUGUUUUGUUGGAGAUGGUUUACCUUUUUCUUUAAAGUCAUCAAAAAAUAAUUUCUACACUUUAGUGACUGACAGUGAGUUGGACAGAGAGAGUGCGUCAGAGUACAACAUCAGUGUGAGCUGCUCUGAUGAGGGAGUGCCCUCCCUCUCCAGCAGCGUCACUCUCACCUUACAGAUCUCUGACGUCAAUGACAACCCUCCUGUCUUUGAGAGGAGCUCAUAUGAGGCCUACAUUGUAGAGAACAACACACCAGGUCUCUCUAUAUUCACAGUCAGAGCCACAGACGCCGACUGGAACCAGAACGCUCGGGUCUCUUACAUACUGGAGGACUCCUCUGUGAACGGAGUGUCCGUCUCCUCAUAUGUGUCCGUCAGUGCUGAUAGUGGAGUCGUCCAUGCAGUGCGCUCUUUUGACUACGAGCAGAUCAAGGACUUUGAGUUCCGGGUCAAAGCUCAGGAUGGAGGCUCCCCUCCUCUCAGCAGCAACGUGACUGUGAAAAUCCUGAUCCAGGACCAGAACGACAACCCUCCUCAGGUUCUGUAUCCGGUCCAGACUGGUGGCUCUCUGGUGGCUGAGAUGGUGCCUCGCUCAGCAGACGUGGGCUAUCUGGUCACUAAAGUGGUGGCUGUUGAUGUGGACUCUGGACAGAACGCCUGGCUCUCCUAUAAACUGCAGAGAGCCACAGACAGGCCGCUGUUUGAAGUGGGCUUACAGAAUGGAGAGAUCAGAACCAUCCGACAAGUCACCGAUAAAGAUGCUGUGAAACAAAGACUGAGCGUUACAGUGGAGGACAACGGACAGCCCUCUCGUUCAGCUACAGUCAUUGUGAACGUGGCGGUGGCCGACAGCUUCCCAGAAGUCAUGUCAGAGUUCACUGACUUUGCACAGGACAAGGAGUACAACGACAACCUGACUUUUUACUUAGUGUUGGCUUUGGCUGUAGUUUCCUUCCUCUUCAUCACAUGUCUAGUGGUGAUUAUCUCAGUCAAGAUCUACAGAUGGAGACAGUCUCGCGUCCUGUAUCACUCCAAUCUCCCUGUGAUUCCAUAUUAUCCACCACGUUACUCAGACACUCUGGGGACAGGGACUCUCCAGCAUGUGUACAACUACGAGAUGUGCAGGACCACUGACUCCAGAAAGAGUGACUGUAAGUUCGGCAGAGCCGGUAGUCAGAACGUCCUGAUCAUGGACCCCAGUUCUACAGGGACGAUGCAGCGCAUGCAGAGUGAAAAGAGCAUCCUGGAUGAACCAGACUCUCCUCUAGAGGUUAGAACAUUCCACCCUUUAAGAAAUGAAAUGUGUUUAUAUCAAAUGACCUAUUUUCAGUGUCUUUAAUGGCAACAAACUGACUUUUCAUAGCUGCUUA